CUGCUCUUUAGUGUAACCUUAUUCAUUCACUAUCGCUUUCUCCUAAAAACCUAAAUAUCCAAGGCGCUGCCUUUUCAAACCCUAAUUACUCCCCUUCCAAAACCCUAACCUUUUUCGAGGAUCUCAUCUCCUCUUUCUCUUGAUCCGAUGGCAGCUAAGCCACUAACAACUGAAGCGAUUGCGCUCACUGAGAAGAAGAUGGACAUGGCUCUUGAUGAUAUAAUUAAGAUGUCGAACACAACAACUGCCAAAGAGAAAAAAGCCCCAAGGCGUCAGAUUAAUGGCCAAAGAUUCAUGGAUGGAGUUGCUUCUCGGCAUACCAACAGAGUUCAGCGCUUCAUGGGUUCUAGAGCAUCUAUUAGACAGGGUGUACUUGCGCAGGCAAGAUCAAAUUUUCAUGGGAAUCAGUUUCCAUUGACAACUAAUGCCGCAAGGAGGGCUGCCCUCAUGCCUGUUCGCAAGAUGGCUGUUAAUUGGAACAAGCCAAGGUAAACCACUGCAUAUUUCUGUUUGAUGGGAAAUCUUCCGUAUGCAAGAAAUCAAAAUACAAAUGAUUAAUUUUUUUCAAUCAAUGGAGGUGUUAGAUGUGCUGAAUCAAAAGGCAUUUUAUAUAUGAGAUUUGUCUCCUUAUGGAAUCCAGCGUGAAAAAAAUCAGUAUCUUGAACUCCUAGUGACCCGAAUAUGAUGGUAUACCGCUGUCGGGUGGUGAGAGGCAAUGGAAUACUAAUAUUUGGAUACCCGUCAUGCUUUGUGGAUAUUUUUAAGAUAUGGAGACGAGGGAAUCAGAGUUGCAGGCUGCACUAGUUCAUGCAGCCAACCUUGUACUACUGUUGCCUGCACUACUGGAUAUCUGCUUUUAUAUUAUUCAAAACUUCUUAGGUUCAUCUUUUACUAAUUAAAGCUUCAUAAGUAUAUGUGUAUGCACAAGCUGCUCUAUAUUGUAUGUGGUUUCUGAAGGGCAUCAAGGUGGUACUACCCAAGAUUCUUUGCAUUAAGGAACAGUCUUGGCUUGUUUUUCUACCUCUCCAUCUAGGUUUUCAAAUCCUUCCUUUGUGCAGAAUCUUCUGGCCUACAAAAGUUUGGUAGAUCAAAGUGUUAAUUUUUACUUGCACAUCCUUCGCGACAUACUCCUUAAUUACUAUUGGUGAUACUUCUAUGCCUUCUUUCUCAGUUGACGUUAAAUUGAAGUUAGGAGUUACAGUUAAGCUAUGGCAUGCAUCUCUCAAAUCCAUUUAUUUUGGUAUAAAGUUGAUGGUCAGAGCAUUCCGAUCAGACCGAGUGUCAUGGAAAGUUAACUGUGUGACAUUGUAGGCUGUCU